AUGCCACCAUCAUCGACGACUGAGCAAGCGCGCCAGAUUCGGCACAAGCGCAUGUCGCUUUUCGCGCGCACUACGUCGAAGGACGAUGAGGUAUGGCAUGGAUACGAACGGAUCGUCGGAUUCGACACUAUGCCCGAUGCUCUAGACACGGUGAGCGGCAAUGCCUCGUAUACGCUGCAAGUGAAGGCGAAAGGAUAUGCACGCACAAAGCAUACUCGUACAUUCAUGUGUGCAGUUGAUGCGACAGAAAGCAGUGAGCGUGCACUCGAGUGGAUCAUGGAAAACCUUGUAGAUGAUGGUGAUGAACUUGUCGCAGCGCGAGUGAUUGAUUGGGACCAGGAUCGUACGUUCCCACCUUGA